CAUCCCGCCGCAGUUUGGGGAGCUCAUGAACCUAGAGCAGCUCGACCUGAGCAUGAACGAGCUCACCGGCGAGAUACCGGCGAGCUUUGGUAACUUCAGCUACCUCAACAAGCUGAUCCUCAGCGGCAACAAUCUGUCCGGGCCAUUGCCCAAGUCGAUUCGGAACCUGCAGAAACUGACAAUGCUGGACCUGAGCAACAACAGCUUCUCCGGCCCCAUACCGCCGGAGAUCGGCGCGCUGUCGAGCCUGGGCAUCAGCCUGGACCUGAGCUUGAACAAGUUCGUCGGCGAGCUGCCUGACGAGAUGUCCGGUUUGACGCAGCUGCAGUCCCUCAACCUCGCGAGCAAUGGCCUCUACGGCAGCAUCUCGGUCCUUGGUGAGCUCACCAGCCUGACUUCCCUCAACAUCUCGUACAACAACUUCUCUGGCGCCAUCCCAGUGACGCCGUUCUUCAAGACAUUGUCGUCCAACUCCUAUAUUGGUAAUGCCAACCUCUGUGAGUCCUACGACGGGCACUCCUGUGCGGCGGACACGGUUCGCAGGUCUGCCCUGAAGACGGUCAAGACCGUGAUUCUCGUCUGCGGCGUUCUGGGGUCGGUGGCGCUGCUGCUUGUUGUGGUUUGGAUUCUGAUCAACAGGAGCAGGAAGCUGGCCAGCCAGAAGGCGAUGAGCUUGUCUGGUGCUUGUGGUGAUGAUUUCUCCAACCCCUGGACGUUUACGCCGUUCCAGAAGCUUAACUUCUGCAUCGACCACAUCUUGGCAUGCCUAAAGGACGAGAACGUGAUCGGCAAAGGUUGCUCGGGGGUGGUGUACAGAGCUGAGAUGCCGAACGGGGACAUCAUCGCAGUGAAGAAGCUCUGGAAGGCCGGCAAGGACGAGCCGAUCGACGCCUUUGCAGCUGAGAUCCAGAUUUUGGGGCACAUCAGACACCGGAACAUCGUGAAGCUACUCGGCUACUGCUCUAACAGGUCUGUCAAGCUCCUGCUUUACAACUACAUCCCCAACGGCAACCUGCUGGAGCUCCUGAAGGAGAACAGGAGCCUGGACUGGGACACGAGGUACAAGAUCGCCGUCGGGACGGCGCAGGGCCUGGCCUACCUGCACCACGACUGCAUUCCAGCGAUACUCCACAGGGAUGUCAAGUGCAACAACAUACUGCUCGAUUCCAAGUAUGAGGCCUACUUGGCUGAUUUUGGGCUGGCCAAGCUGAUGAACUCCCCAAAUUACCAUCACGCCAUGUCACGCAUUGCCGGUUCUUAUGGAUACAUUGCUCCAGAGUACGCGUACACGAGCAACAUCACGGAGAAGAGCGACGUUUACAGCUACGGCGUGGUGCUGCUGGAGAUCCUAAGCGGGCGGAGCGCCAUAGAGCCAGUGCUGGGUGAGGCCAGCCUGCACAUCGUGGAGUGGGCGAAGAAGAAGAUGGGCAGCUACGAGCCGGCGGUGAACAUCCUGGACCCGAAGCUGCGGGGCAUGCCGGACCAGCUGGUGCAGGAGAUGCUGCAGACGCUGGGCGUGGCCAUCUUCUGUGUUAACACGGCGCCCCACGAGCGGCCGACGAUGAAGGAGGUGGUGGCGCUGCUCAAGGAGGUGAAGAGCCCGCCCGAGGAGUGGGCCAAGACCUCGCAGCAGCCGCUAAUCAAGCCCGGCAGCCAGCAAGGGUGACCGUUACCGACGGCGUUGGACCGGUUUAUGGUUUCGCAUGGUUGGCGGAGCAACAGGAUCGAGCAUUCGUUGUAGUGAGAGUGACGCAGAUUGCAACAGGUAGAAGAAAAGAAGGGAAGCAGAGUAGUUUUUUUUUUUUUUUUGAUAAUUCAAGGGCUAGGCGGCUAGCUUAGCUUUGGUUAGGCGAUUCUUGUACAGUACCGGAUGGUCUCGCAGCCCGUUUUAGCAGGGGAACUUGAUGAAUGAAAACUUAUCUUGC